AUGGGUAUCUUCGAGAAGCUCUCUCAGAAGAUCGAGCUCUUCAAGCUCGAACAACGCUAUACCAAGCGUUCUCGCCGUACAACAUUCAUCUGCGACGCAUACUACAUCGACGGAGAAUACAUCUACGGCCCAUCGAUGACGCAAAAGAAUCCCAACGUCAGUGUCCAACAAAUGCACGGCAGCGUCAGCAGUGGCAGUACAAAGAAGGAUAGAAGGAAGAGUGUCUUCGGAGCCUAUUAA